AUGAGAAGAAUGAGCCCCUUUACGAGGUUCUUAUCCUUCGGGAUGCUCAUUGGGUUUGCUGAGAUGGGCGUUGAGAUUGUGAUCAUCGUCAUGACGAGUUCGGAAUUGAAUCUUCUUGGCGUUACCGUGGCAUCUGCGACGGUGUUGACGGGGAUCCUCUUUAAUCAUUUACUUUACGUGAAGCUGGGGAAGCUCAAUGUUCAUCCGAUUCAGAUUCUCCCAUACCUGUUCUUCAUUUCCUUCUGUGUUAGUAUACCUAUUUCCUUCUAUUCACUGGACGAAGACACCUUUGUCUACCCAACGCUUGGAGCGAAGCUACUCAUCUUGGGUUCUUCAAUACUAUCGGCCUUUGUGAAUAUUUUGAGCUUUUCUACUAUUUCGCUGUUUAACCCGUUUACGAAUAGCAUACUGUGGACCUCUAAGAUGCUUAGCAUUACGUUUCUAAUAGCUCCAAUGUUUGAGGACUCGAUUUCCUCUACAACUAUAGUUGGAAUCAUUCUAACAGUGAUUUCCAUUUGGUGGUGCUCGUUUGUCUCAAGGAGAGGAGAAAAGUAGCCUAACGAACUAAGUUUCUCCAGUAUAGUAGGCAGAAAGGUUUCCCCUGCAGUCGUAUUGGAGAGACUAGAAGGGAACCUUAAUUUGGACCUCAUUUUUGUGAGGGUAAAGGGUGUUUAAAAUUUUUAAUGUGUUUAAUGUCGUUGCAUUCGAUAUGACAAUUUAUUUACGUGGGCUCUUUUGAAUAAAAUAUUUGCUUAAU